UGUUUUGAGAAGAACCGAGUUAAAGUCAAAUUUUAUUUACAAAACCAUUGCGAUUUAUUUGUUGAUAUAUUUUGCUUGACCUAAGCGAUAUUCGGACAUUUGCAGUGCGUUAGCCGUUGCUGACCUCAACAAAGCCGCCAUGCUUCCCAACAGCUUUUAUAGGAUGAGGGACUUUGCCAAUCCGAGAACAAUGUUUAAAAGCUGUGCGAACAACAACGAAUUUGCCACACAAGGUCCCCAAAAAGUGGAGUCACCAACUGAUGUUAACCAGCCUGCUGCAGCUCCUCGUCCCAUUGCCGUUCCUCAAUCUACUGAAGUUACUCAAUCAAAGAAGACCCAAGAACCGAAGAAUGCUCCAAAGAAAACGUCGCCAUCAGAGACCCAAAAACGUGGCAAGGGGAACCGGAAGGGCAAGAAGAAUCAUAAUCAUGCGCCACGCACUCCCAGUCAGACGCGCAAGAGCGGUCGAAGCAAGUAUCAGGCCAAGGAUGGAAAGUCGACGGGAAAGGAUGAUAAGGAGAAGGGUAAAGGCCAAGGAAAACAGAAGGUCCCGCAGCAGUCGACUUGUGCACAAUAUAAGAUGAUAAUCGAAAAGAAUGUGCAGGGAAAGAAAGUCCCAGAAAAAAAUCUUUUAGGUCAGAAGGUCCAAAUACGGUUAUCCGAGCAGAAGCUUUUGGGAUACAGGCUUGAGACCAGGAUUAAUCGGAACACAUAUCCACUGGCCAAAAAAGAAGAUUCGGUGGUCGAUCUUUACAAAUCAUCACAAUUUAGGUCACUGAACAAUAAGAGUGAUAAUAUUCUGACCAUCGCGGCUAAGAACGAUGAACCUCUGGAGCCCGAGAAGGCCGAAGAGCCCGAGGAUUCUCAACAUCCACUUAACAACUGCUGGACGCUGUGGUAUCUAGAGAACGAUCGAAAUAAAAGUUGGGAGGAAAUGCUGCACAAGGUUUCAAGCUUCGAUACCGUGGAGAAGUUUUGGAGCCUGAUCACUCACAUCAAGCCCCCAUCCGAGCUCAAGCUGGGCAGUCACUACUCCCUGUUUAAGAAGGGCAUUCGACCCAUGUGGGAGGAUAAGGCCAAUGUCAAUGGAGGACGCUGGAUCCUCAACAUAACCAAAAACGCCAAGAUUGCGCUGGACAGUUUCUGGAUGGACGCCAUGCUCUGUCUGAUUGGAGAGGCCUGUGAGCACUCGGACAAUCUUUGUGGCGUCGUGGUUAAUAUUCGCGGAAGGGCGAACAAGAUCUCUAUUUGGAUCGCUGACGGGGAAAAUGAGUCUUUAGUCCUUGAAAUUGGACGCAUUUUGCGCAAGGGUCUAAGCAUGGAGAGCGGAUACGUGCUGGAGUAUCAGUUGCACAAGGACUCCAAGGACAAAGUGGGAUCAACUGUGAAGAGAAUAUACACUACAUAGGUUCUCAUCAGACAAUUGCCAAUCGAAACAUUUUCAAUAUUUUCGGUAUUUUUUCACAAGAACUGUGUCUGAUCAGGUGUGAUCAGCCAUCGAUCGAUAGUUAGGUGGGUUCCAAAUCUCUAGUUAAUCCAUCCGUACACGUCGUACAUAAAAAUUUGUAUGCUGCUCUUAUAGAGCUACGAAAUAUAUACAUAACUAU